UGACAUCAGCAGCAGGGUUGAGGUACAGCCAGGCUUUCUGUCUCUUUCAUCUGGUCUGUAACUCUCCACUUCUACUGCCUGGUUUUCCAAAGCUAUAAGGAUCCCAAGAAAUGAAAAGUACAAAGGAAAAGAAGGAACAUGAAAAUGAAGGCUUCUCACUGUGAGAGCUGUCAGAUAUAGAGAUCAGCUUUUCAAAAAGCAAACGCAGAAGAAGAUCCUAAAAUUACAAUAAAAAAACUUAGCAUGGAUUACAAGGCCGAGGGUAAAAGGAAGCAACAGCAUAGCUUGAAUUUACUGAAUCAAAUAAAGAGCAUGAAAGAGUUAACAGAAAUGAUUGAUGUAGUUUUAGUGGCUGAAGGUGAAAAAUUCCCUUGCCACAAACUGAUGCUGGCUGCUUUCAGCCCCUACUUCAAAGCAAUGUUUACAUGUGGCUUGAUUGAAUGCACACAGAAAGAAGUAGUCCUCCAUGACAUGUCAGCAGAAAGUGUGUCUGUACUUCUACACUACAUGUACACAGCAGAGCUUCACCUGACUAAUAGUAAUGUGCAGAGUGUGGCCAUUGCUGCCUUUUUCAUGCAGAUGGAAGAUGUUUUCAGGUUAUGUCAGACGUACAUGAUGGACCACAUGGAUGCUUCAAACUGCAUGGGGAUUUAUUACUUUGCAAAGCACAUUGGGGCUGAAGAGUUAUCUGAUCAAGCUAGAAAGUAUUUAUAUCAGCACUUUGCAGAAGUGAGCUUGCAUGAAGAAAUACUAGAAAUUGAAGCCCAGCAGUUGCUAAGCCUGAUCAGAUCAGAUGAUCUGAAUGUUUCCAGAGAAGACAGUAUUUUGGACUUAGUCCUCCGAUGGGUUAACCACAGCAGGAAAUUGCGUGUGGAUCACCUCAUUGAGCUCCUGAAGCAAGUAAGGCUGGCACUAGUGAGCCCCUCCUUUCUAGUGGAAGCUCGGAAGAGGAACACAGUGCUUCUGAGUAAUUCCCAAUGCAGUGACAUGAUUGAGGGAGCAUUAGAAAUGAUCAAGAAGUCCAACCUACCUAGUCUCAGCCUCCGCUACGGCAUGGAGACCACAACUCUUCUGCUUUGCAUUGGCAAUAACUCACAAGGCAUCAGGUCAAGGCAUGGUAAUUAUGCUGAUGCCAGCUUCUGUUAUGCUCCUGCAACACAUAAGACAUACUUCAUUUCCUCUCCGAAAUAUGGAGAAGGCCUGGGAUGCGUAUGCACUGGUGUGAUUAAUGAGAAUAAUGAUAUCAUUGUGGCAGGGGAGGCAAGUGCUGCUAAAUUGUCUAGACAAAAGACCAAGAAUAUUGAAAUUUAUAGGUACAACUCUAAGGGAAACCAAUUUUGGCAAAGCUUGUGUAGUGGCCAGUUUCGUGAACUCUAUGCUCUAGGCACCAUCCACAAUGACCUAUAUAUCAUAGGGGGUCAAAUGAAACUGAAAAACCAAUACCGUAUCACAAACAUUGUGGAGAGGUAUUCCAUGGAAGAAGAUAACUGGAGAACUUUGGCUCCUCUCCCAGUGCCAUUAGCCUGCCCUGCUGCAGUGACAGUGAAAAACAGGCUGUACAUAAUGGGAGGCUGGACACCACAGAUGGAUCUUCCUGACGAUGAGCCCGAUCGAUUAAGCAACAAAAUGUUGCAGUAUGACCCAGGCCAUGACAAAUGGACCGAAUGCACACCGAUGAAGUACUCGAAAUACCGCUUCAGCACAACUGUAGUCAACAAUGAGAUUUAUGUCCUGGGAGGGAUUGGCUGCCUUGGUCGAGAUAGAGGACAGUCACGUCAGUGUCUUGAUGCAGUAGAGAUUUAUAACCCUGACAGAAAUUUUUGGAGAGAUGGUCCUCCCAUGCCUUAUCCUCUUUUGUCUUUGAGAACUAAUUCUACUUGUGCUGGUGCAGUGGAAGGGAAGCUCUAUAUCUGUGGAGGAUUUCGUGGAGCAGCUCGGCAUGAAAUUAUCAACAAAGAGAUCCUAGAGCUGGACACUUGGGAGAAUCAGUGGAAUGUUGUUGCUGUCAACGUCCUCAUGCAUGACAGCUAUGAUGUCUGCCUUGUGGCUCAGUUGAACCCACGAGAUCUCAUCCCUCCCCCUCCCGAUUUAGUGGAACAAUAGGUAUUUCCUAGAUUAUAGAUUUCCUAGCAGAUUUAUGCCUAUUACUGGUCAUUAAUGCUCCUUGGACUCCUAAGAGAUGAAUCCACUGCCUGGCCUUAUUGCAGUUAAUUCCUAUUCUUGUUAUACGUUUUAUAUCCUGGAAAUUCAUGUUUUAUUGAUUGGUUCAAUGGGUUCUCCUUUCUGUUGAGUCCUUGCAUUAAUUCAGCCAGGGUGCCAAACUGAUGCUUCUUGCUAUUUAGGUACAUUGAAUGUAAUUUACCUAGAAAUAGGAAAUACCUGGACGGUAGUUAGUUAAAGCAUGUCAAGGAAAUGGGAGCAACACCAGGUGCUUGUAGAACUGACAAAUAUCUCUAUAUGUAGAAUUCUUCCUUCUGUACUGUCAUAAACGCUUAGAAACUAUUGAUUCAUUUUUUCUAAGUAGAUGGCCAGAAUGAAAGCAUGGCUUUAAUCUCAUAAAUAGGAAGAAUUAACUCAGCUGUCUGCUCGUAUGCACCCUUAUUGAUGGUGGAGUGUAUAGAUAAGUACCCUUAUUUCAGCUCAGAUGUGGUAUUUCAGCUAGAUCGCAUGUAGAAUGCAAUCUCUUCAAAUAUGAAAUCCAGUAUCCUAAUCUGUACUCUGAAUGUGGUCCUUUACAGUUCCAGAUUUGCUGCCAUUAUUAAUAAUGAAGAAUUUUGAUUGCCUAAAUUCAGGAGAGGGAAUUGUGCAGCCCUCCAGAUGUUGCUGAACUGCAGGCCCCACCAGCUCAAGCCAGCAUAAUUGGUGAGAAAUGCUGGAACCUACAGUCCAAGAACAUUGGGAGGAAAUCACAAUUCCCAUCUCUUGCUAGAAGCUUGCUCUUUAGUGGCUGGCCAUAGAAUAAUAGGAGAAGAGUCAGUGUGGUGGAGUGGCCUGAACACUGAACUACAGACUUUAUCACACAAGGUUCUUCUCCCACUAAAAUAGUGUUGUUUCUAAAAACCCUAUGCAAUUGGGAUUGCUGUCUUUCCUGUCUCACCUAUCCAGGUUUGCAACCUUCAUUUGUGCUGAAAGCUUAUCACACCCAGCAUUUGGGAUUACCUACCCACUACCUUCCCAUGCCCUUUUUUUUUCUAGUUUGGUGUGCAUGCGUGUGUGCACACAUGCACGCACACACACGCCUUUUCACAGAAAUAUUUAAAACUGUUGGACUCUUUUCCGCUUGUAUUUCUAGGUAUAUGAGAGUAUGUGGUGAGAGGGAGGGAGGGAGGGAGGGAGAGAGAGACCUCUGGAAUGGGCCUGGAAAAUGAGGUGAGAGGGAAUGCGCAAAGUUUUGGCUUCUCUGGCAAGCCCCAGUCAUUUGACAAUGGAUUUUUUUUCUGUACAGAAAAUGUUUAAAAGUUUCUCAGGAAAUCAAAUAGAAAUGUCCACCCCUUCUCAUGUGAUCACUAGGGUGCCUAAGGUGCAUUCAAAACAUGCCCUCUGACCAUGUCCUGACCACCCAAAAUCAACAUUAAUGUGGAAUUGAACUAUUACAUUGGUAAUGGUAGCAGAACAGUAGCAGGAAAGGAGGUCAUUAACGAAGUUUUUGCAUUAUUGAAAAGAAAUGCUUUCAAAAUGUUCUCUCACCGGGAGAGCAAACAGAGGAGUUUUGACUUUAUGUGAUAAGCCUCAACCAAAGGCACUGGUAUCCUGGUGUUAUUGUGAUUUUCUGCCUUAUGUGAUAAGGACAUAUGACUCUGGGAAACUAGAGUUCAAAUCCCUAGUCAGCCAUGGAGACCAACUGGGUGACCUUGAGGAAGUUACACCCUGUUAGCCUUAGAGGAAGGAAGGCAGUUGCAAACUUCUUCUAAACAAAUUUUGCCAAGAAAGUCUCAUGAUAGGUUUCCCAUAAGUCUAUAUAUGCCUUAGGAUCACCAUAAGUCAGAAUUUGCUUGAUGUCACACAACAACGAUAGCAAGUAGUAAACAGCAUAUGAAGGCUGUAUAAUUUUGUCAGAAGAACUCUGAUCUACCUAGCUCAUUGUUGUCUACUACUCUUGACUGGCAGUAACUAUCCAUAAUAUCAGACAGGAGUCUUUUCCAAAAUUACUGGGGAUGCCAGGGAUUUAUGCCACUGGGUGACCUUGGGCAAGUCACAUGCUCUCAGCCUCAACGGAAGGCAAUGGCUAGCCUCCUCUGAACAAACUUCGCCAAGCAAAUUCCAUGAUAGGUUUGCCUUAGGGUUGCCAUAAAUUGGAAAGGACUUCAAUGCAAACAACACACAUACACAUUUUACAUGCAGAGCAUAUGAUCAGUCUUUGAGUGAUGGCUCUUCUUCUAGCUGGCCUUCUGCUGUAUUGGCCAUGUGUUCAUGGUGAGUUGUUAGUAUUCUUAUGACCUUUUUUCCACUAGCUGUGUUUUCCUUGGCCUUUUCAUGAAUCUGAGCCCAUAGCCUUUGAGACUUUCAGAAUGUUCCUCUGAAGUCAAUUUUAGUAAUCCAUCAUAUUAUCAAUCCUCUUGAUCUUCUUGGCCCAUCUUCUGUUCAUCUUUGGUCCAUGAGAGUAAAGCAGAAAGGCUGCCCCUGAUGGCACUGUUGCUUCUGCCAUCAUCCAGAGUUUCCCCUGGAUAGUUUGCUUUGGGCAAGGGGAAAUGUUCAAUUAUGAUGACACUAGCAAAGAGUGUGCACAUCGUAGAAAUGAGUAGUAAAAUAGUAUAGUCAGGGAAGAGGAAAUUGUGAAGAAGGGAGAAGACUCUAGAUGUGAAGAUCUAUGGUGAGUAAUCUCAGUGUCUAGUCAGCCAUAGCCACAUAGUGGAUAUAAUGCAGUCAGCCCAUAGCUAAUGCUGCAUUUUCCACUCUACUCCAUGUAUGACUCAUCAACUUUACCUUGAAAUAUCAAUCAACCUUUCAUUAAACAUAAAAAGGCAGUAGGAACUACACUAAAACUCCCUUGGUACAGAACAUAAUGCUAAGGUUGAAUCAAUGUGUGUGUUUGUAUGUGUGCAUGUGUGUUUUAGAUAAAAAGAAUUAAUCUGGAAAAUAAAUGAUCCUUGUGAUUCAACUUUUUUUCUUUCUGUGAGCUUUGUAGGCAGGAUGUAUAUGACAGUCAAAACACUCAGAUUUGUAUGUAUCAUCUCUAUACUGUCAACAUGGAAGAAAAGGUUAUCGUGUAGUAUGGGCUAAUGGGAAUGCUGCUUCUAGAGAUUAUGUUGAAUGAUUUUUUAUUCUGCUGCAAGGGCAUUGGAAUGCAUGGGAAUGCACUAAAUGUAUAUGUUUGGUUGGAAUGAACAGGUAAUCAAGGAACCUGUUUAGGAACCCUCUACCUAUGUCCACCAAGAAAAACCUCCUAUGGUCUGAGGCUGACAGCUUCUUAACUUGUCCAGUAAAAGGUACAGGAGGUCUCCUUUACCCAAAAUGUUUGGGACCAGAGAUGUUUUGGAUUUUGGCAUUUUUUCAAUUUCUGAAUAUUUCCAUAUACAUAAGGAGAUAUCUUGGAGAUUGGACAUUAAAUUCAUUUAUGGUUCCUAUACACUUUAGACACAUAGACUUAAGGUAAAUAUAUACAUAAUAUUUUAAAUAAUUUUGUGCCCCAAACAAAGUUUGUCUCUUUGGGACUAUUACAAAGCAAAGGUGCACUAUCUUAGCCACCCAUAUGGACAAUUUUGGAUUUUGGAAUAUUUUGGAUUUUGGAAUUCUGAUAAAGGAGACUCAACCUGUAUUAAAUUUCUGCUUAUCCUUUCUCAUGUCUCCACAUUUUCUUUUCAAGUAUUUUUAAUGCAUAAAUCAACAUGAAAAAAGUGAGCUUUAUCAAAAAUGUGUUUUAAAAAUACUUCACCUCCCACUCCUUGUUAAAACAUGGGCUAACAUCCCGUUGGGAAAUGGUGUCACUGUAAGCUGACCUAUCAUCGUGUAAAGUUGAAUUGUGCCACUGCACAAUGUUUGUAUUCUUAGGAGGAGAGUGGAGAUGUAGGUGCAUCACUAGGACCUUUGUGCAAACUGAGCCAGCAGUGUGGCCAUUGCACCAUGUGUCCCAGUUGUCUCCUGUUGUGUAGUGGGAGCCCCUGUUGACAAUGGGACAUCUUGCAUGAUGACCCAUAGUGCAGUGUUACAGUUCCCUGGCAUUGUUGUGUAUCAUGUCAGCAAUGUAGUUCCAUUGUUUAAAGCUGCAUGUUCGCGCCUGUGCUUAAGAAUCUUGGCCAUUAUUUUGAAAAUGGAGCUGCUUGGUUGUCACUAACACUGUUCUAAUGAAAAGCUGUCAACAUAACUUUCCAAUUGCUGUGAAAUAUGGAACAGCUCCCCUGUGUCUUUUGUACAGACUUGCAAAUGACAUCUUAACAAGGUGGUUGUGACACUCAAAAUCUUACUCCAGUCAUCUGAACACCUUCUCCCUUGAAGCACUGCCUUCUGUCCCAUUUUCUUUUUCCCCUCCUGGUACUCCUUUCUCCAUUUCCUCCCAUUUACCAUCCUCCCCCCACCCUCCAAAACAGGGAGGAAGGGCUCGCCUUAGUAGAGAGCUAUGUUUCCAUGGUAUCGUGCAAAUGGCAAUCUCCUUUCUAAAUAUAACUCCAGGCUCUAAUUGAGUGAUCAAGACAGCAGAUCACCUCAGUUCUUUAUGUGGUCAACUCAUACCCACCUGCUGGGAGGGGGAAGAAACUGUGAUACCAGUCUGCCCAGUCUGUGUGGUCCAUGUAUCUGUGUGGUCCUUGUGCCAUUGCCAGCCCCAGGUAAUUGGAUUGGGUCAGAUUAGUUUUUUAGGGGUGGGCUGGCAAAAACAUGAAAAGUUAGUGCUCUAAGAUUUACAAGAUAAUCCAAAAAGAUUUAAAAACAGAUUCUGUAAUGUUACCAGACAUAUUUUUGUUGGGUAUUAUGGAUAAAGGACUGGAAAAUUAAUAUGGAUUAUUUAUUCGAUAUAUGACAACAGAAUAUUGUUUGCUCAGACUUGGAAAUGGACUGAAGCACCAGUGAUGGAAAAAUGGAUUGUUAAAAUUACUGAGUUAACCCAAAUUAACAUGGGUUCUAAAAGAUAAGCCAACUGAAGACUUUUUGAAAGAUUGGAAACCAUUUAUUGAUUUUUUUUCAGCAAAGAGAAAUCUAAUGAUAUAAUAACCUGUGGUUAUGGUUUUUAGUAAUUUUAGUAAGAUUAUUUAUUUGGAUCUGUAAUGGUAGAAUAAUAUUUUCCUCCUUUUUUCACAUUACACAGAGGAUUGUGGGGGAUUGGGCAGAACCUUGUUGUGUAUUAGUUAUUUGUCUUUUGUUUUCCUUUCUUUUUAUUUUCUUUUUGAAUAUUUAUUACUUUGAUUGUAAAUUAAAUUGUUCAUGUUAAAAUUAAUAAAAUGAAAUAGUUAUCUAGGGGCUCAGUUCUACUAUUGGCAGUGAAGGGAUGUUGGACCCAGCAGCUGAAGAGCAGGAUGCUUCUCUACUGUAUACCAUCUGCUGCAUCACUUGCUACCAAUAAAGCUUCUCUUAUAAAAGUAA